UAUGGGUUAAACAAAACAUUACCUUCAAUUUGCCCCAAACCACAAUGCCUCCAUCUUUCUGCCUUCUCCUCCGGACCACCCAGCUCAGUGUCGUGCCAUCUCCGUUUCGUCGUCGUCCUCCGGCCAUCCAGUACAACAUCGCACAAUCUCAUCCAUCUGCGGACCAACCAGCACAGCUGCGCACAAUCGCUGCCAUCUGUGCCGCCUCCUCCUCUGGACCACCCAGAACAGCGUCACACCAUCUCGGCCUUCGCCCGAACCGAUUUUGUACAACGCUUGCGACUUCAGGCAGAUGGAUAAAUCUUGGAUUUCCAUUGAAGAUCGUGUGAAUGAUGAUGCAUUUAAGCGUGGUUUGGAACACUUCCUUGAUUUUGCAUACACGAACAAGUCAGAAGAGACUAAGAUAAAGUGUCUGUGCUCUAAAUGUAGAAAUUCUAGAUUACACUCGAGAGAGGAUGUGAAAUAUCACGUUUUAAGACAUGGUUUCCUUCAAGGUUACACCAAUUGGGUACAUCAAGGUGAACAACCUUACUACAUUAAUAAAUAUAGGCUUAAUGCAUCACAUGAAAGAAAUGAACAGAUUGUCAUGGAGGGAUUGAUACAUGAUACAUUGCUGGUAUCACAUCACCAUGGUCAAUUUCAUGAAAAUAGUGGUAGUUUUGGUACUAAUUCUGAUGAAAUUCCCAGAGAACAAACAGAACACCCUCAGGCUCAUUUUGAUGAAAACACUGAGAAGUUUUUUAACCUCUUAAAGCAUGCUGAGUGUGAGUUAUUUCCUGGAUGCAAAACUUUUACUACCUUAUCCUUUAUAGUACGACUGCUGCAUGUCAAGUCUCUUUGUCGGUGGAGUAACAAUUCCUUCACAAUGUUAAUGGAAGUCUGAAGGAGGCUUUUCAGCUCAAUGAUAUAUUCCCAAAAUCUUAUAGAGAAGCUUGGAACAUAAUCAGAGAGUUGGGACUUGAGUACAAAAAGAUUCAUGCAUGCCCUAACGAUUGCAUGUUGUUUUGGAAAGAUACAGAGAAGGACGAGGUUUGUAAACAUUGCCAGACUUCUAGGUACAAGCCAUUUGAGGUACAUGACGAGAGUUUAACUAAAAAGGAAAAUAGAAUUCCAGCAAAAAUUGUUCGGUAUUUUCCCUUAAAACCCCGGCUGCAGAGGCUGCUUAUGUCUUCAAAAACAUCUAAUUUAAUGAGAUGGCAUGCCGAAGAACGCAUUAGGGAUGGAAAACUUAGGCAUCCAGCAGACUCUCAAGUAUGGAAAUUAUUUGACGAAAAGUUUCUUGACUUCGCUACUGAUUGUCGUAAUGUUCGACUAUGACUAGCUGCUGAUGGAUUUAAUCCAUUCAAGUCAAUAAGUAUUGCUCAUAGUACUUGGCCUAUUAUUCCCAUACCUUACAAUUUACCCCCCGGUAGAUGUAUGAAACAAACAUCUAUAAUUUUAUCCACACUCAUCGAUGGUCCUAAAAGUCCAGGGAAUGAUAUUGAUGUUUAUUUGCAACCAUUGGUUGAUGAACUUCAAAGUUUAUGGAAUCCUGGGGUUUCUACUUAUGAUGCAACUGCAAAGAGUAUGUUCCAAUUACGUGCUGCAUUAUUAUGGACUAUAAAUGACUUUCCAGCCUAUGCCAUUAUUUCAGGUUGGAGUACAAAAGGUGCAUAUGCAUGCCCUUGUUGUAAUAAAAAUUGCCAAUCUCAAUGGCUAAAAACUGGAAAGAAGCAUUGUUACAUGGGGCAUCGUCGGUUUCUUCCAAGCGGACAUAAGCAUCGUACAGAUAGAUCCAUUUUGAUGGGACUAUUGAGAAAGCUCAUAAACCUAAACGAUUGUCUGGUCCUGAGAUAUUAGAGCAACUGAAUGGUAUGGUGAAUAUCUUUGGAAAACGUGAACCCAAAAGAAUAGGGGAAAAAGACGAAGGAAGGAAAAAUCUCCUGCCGAUUUCAUAUGUAGAUACAAUUGGAAAAAGUUGAGUAUAUUUUUCCAAUUGCCAUACUGGAAAGAAAAUCUUAUUCCACAUAAUCUAGACAUUAUGCAUAUAGAAAAAAAUGUUCUGGAAAAUAUCUUAUGGACUUUGCUUGGUGUUGCUGCUAAAACAAAAGACAAUGUUAAAUCUAGAUUGGAUCUUCAAAUUUUAGGCAUACGAAAGUCGCUACAUCCUCAAAGAAAAGGUGAUAAAUUUUGUCUUCAACCAGCUUGUUUCACGUUGGGUAAAAAGGAGAAGGAUUUAUUCUUACAAGUCUUAAAGAACGUAAAGGUUCCAGAUGGUUAUGCAUCAAACAUCUUGAAAUGUGUCAAUUUAGCUGAACGAAACAUAUUUGGUCUUAAAAGCCAUGAUUGUCAUAUUCUAAUGCAACAAUUGCUACCUGUUGCUUUAAGAAGAUGUGUUCCUAAGCAAGUCUGCAAAGCAAUUAUUGGCUUAUGUGAAGUUUUCAAGCAAUUAUAUUCAAAAGUGCACACAGUAGCUGAUUUUGAAGCUUUAGAGGAUCGAGUUGCCUUAGUGCUUUGCGAGUUGGAAAAUUUUCCCUCCUUCAUUUUUUGAUGUUAUGGAGCAUUUGCCUAUUCACUUGCCGGAAGAGGCUAAACUUGCUGGACCUGUUCAGUUUCGCUCUAUGUACCCCAUUGAGAGGUAUUUGUGCACAUUGAAAAACUAUGUCCGCACUCGAAGUCACCCUGAAGGAUCUAUAGCUGAGGGGUAUCUCGCUGAAGAAUGCAUGACAUUUUGUUCGAUGUAUUUAACUGAUGUCGAGUCAAAGUUGAAUAGACCAAAUAGAAACAAUGAAAAUGGUGGGAUUGGUCCAAUCCAAGAUGGUCGUCCAUUGGGGAAAGAAGAAAUAUUUAUGCUGGACGACAUCGAAUGGAUUCAAGCACAUAGAUGUGUGUUGAAUAGUCUAUCGAUUGUUGAUAAUUUUAAAAGGGAACAUUUGCGUGUGCUACAACGUAAUCGUAAAAAUGGGCGCAUGUCAAAUUAUGAUAGGCAAAAGCUUCAUACUGAAACCUUUCAUCAUUGGUUUAAAAGUCAAGUAAAUGAAAUGGCAAACACAAGUAGUGAAAGUCUACACCCGGAUAUUCCAUUUUUAGCUGUUGGACCAAGUAAAUGGGCUCGUCGCUACACUGGGUAUAUUGUAAAUGUACUACGUUUCCAUACUAAGAAACGAGAGAUGAGAAGAAAAACUCAAAAUAGUGGAGUGUUCUUGGCAGCUACUACCAAUAGUUUCUCGAGUAGUAAGGAUAAGAAUCCUAUAUCAGGAGACGUGUCAUUUUAUGGUGUUUUGAAGGAUAUAGUAGAAGUGAAGUACACCAAUAAUUUGAAAUUUGUAUUGUUCAAGUGUGAUUGGGUUGAAUAUAAUUUAGGAUUGAAACGUGAUGAGUUUAAUUUCACUUUGGUCAACUUUGCUCACUUAAUAUAUAGAGGAAUAGGAAAAUAGAUGAGCCAUUUAUUUUGGCAUCUCAAGCUCAACAAGCACGGUAUAUUCAAGAUCCCGUUGAUCCAGAUUGGCAUGUAGCUUUGAAGAUGACACCUCGAGCUGUAUUCAAUGUUGAUCCAGAGGUUGAUGAAUUAGAAAGCAUUGAGGAUGAGUUGAUUUCAUGUCAACAAAAUGAAUCAGAUAUUAACAAUGAAAGUAUAUCAUGGACUGGAGCAGAUGUUGAUAAUGUGAUAGUUGUUGAUGCUAUUUGUGAAGAUAAUGUUGAUAAGUUCAAUGAUGAAGAUGAUGAAGUUGAUUAUUUUUCUAGGGGAAAAUUGCACCUAAAUACACAAACUUUGCCAAAAAUCCAUAUUUGACGCGAAGUUAGGAUUUUACAUUUUAAUACACCAACUUUCGUUGUUGUCCAAAUUUGACACGACUUAAUUCUUAAAAUUUCAAAA